UUGUAAACUUAUAAAUAACACUGUUUUUAAAUCAGUUGCAUAAUGGAAAACUACAUCAGAUGUAUGUGCGUGAACCAGAGGUGACAGACCAUCCACAUUCGAACGAAUAGCGCCUUCCGAUAUUCGUUGUUUGUUUCUUGUACACGAUCCUACUCGAUGUCAAGUAUAGCUAGCUGAACUGAAUAUCAGAUAAUUAAUACUAUUUCCACGAUGCCUUUCAAAGUUCGCUGGAAACUGGAGAGGAAAAUUUUGCACUUCUAUAUUAUACUUAUUUGGAACCUUUCUUCAACAUGUGGCCAAGGCUAUUUUCCGAAAUUAGAGGAUCUUGCAGUACUAAAACCAAUAACUUCUUCUUCAACUUGUGGAGCAACAUCUAGCAAAUAUUGCCAGUCGUUGACUCGGCAAGCGUCUUUGACAACUUGUGUCGAAAAAAACUGUGAAUUUGCUUGUUGUACCAAUUGUGGUUCAGCCAAACCUGUUCCUACAGAUUUAGCUUUCACCUCGAAUAAAGUUAGAGUUACUCAAGAUGGCGAUCCAAGGAAUGGAACUAUUGUCAGAUCAUUCCGAUUUCAAGGUGAUUCAUAUAUACAACCUUUGCGGGUUCCUUUUAUAAACUUUCAGAACCCUGGGUUCACCAUCAGUGUUUGGAUUAAACAGAAGGGAGGAAACAAAGGCACAAUUAUUUCUAAAGAUGAGACCACUCCUCCAGAUUUUGCCAAUGUCUUUCAACUUGUUAUUCAGGACUAUAACCUGAUGUUUUACUAUCGACCUGCUACUGGAAAUGCUUCUGUUGCUACAUACAACCUUCUGCAGAGCCAAAGCGAAAAGCUUCAACCGGAUGAGUGGCAUUUAAUAACAGUAGCUGUUAUUAAUAAAGCACUGUCAUAUUACAUUGAUGGUAAACUGAUGAAUGCAAAUUUUGUGACUCUGAAUGAUUACAUUCUUGACUCUGGAGGUGGUAUUCGAAUUGGACAGAAAUAUGGAGGUGAUGCUGAGUGGCAGUAUGAAGGCCUGAUGCAGGAUAUCUUUAUGUAUGAAAGAGCUUUGACCAACAGGGAAGCAGAAGAAGCUUUCACAGGAGUCCUUCCAACAGUUUAUGUUGCUAGUAAUUGUCGAUGUCCUCCUACACAUCCAAAAAUAAAUGUUGCUGAACCAGCCAAGUGUCUGAAAAACUUAGAUGGAGACACUGACACAUUAUCUCGACUCUCUGACACGACUCACCCAAUUGAGUUUGCUACAGAUGGUGACACACUCAGCUUCUGGCUGUCAGAGAUCACAGAAAAUGCAACCAUUCGCAUAAAUUUGGCAUAUACAGGAUUACAGGUGUUCUACAUUGUCUUGACUUUCUAUGGACCUGUGCCUGGAGCAAUAAAGAUUGAGCGAUCAGUGGACAGCGGACACACUUAUGAGCCAUGGCAGUAUUUUGCGGAGGAUUGUGUAGCCUCAUUUCAUUUACAAAACAAUGGUCCAUUGACACAACCUGACUCUGUAAACUGUGUUCAAUAUGUGAAACCUUUGCUGCCCAGCCGAGAAGUUUUGACCUUUCAGACAGAAUAUCCACCACCUCCAGGCUCCAACAUUCCAGUGUGACCAUUUGGUUCUGGAUGAAGUAAUCUUUACUGCUCAGACAGACUGUUGCAGUUCUUAAAAUCUACUCAUGUGAAGUUUAAUUUUUACAAUCACACUCUGGUACAGAAUCCUCAGCAUCGAUACUAUGGCUUGGAACGAAUUCUUGUCACUGGGAGAUGUGAGUGUUUUGGUCAUGCAUCAUCCUUCAGCUAUAUUGAAGGGAAUUCUACGCACAUUGGACGAUGUGUUUGUGACUGUCAUCCAUCAACUAACACAGAAGGAGAAACUUGCAAUCGUUGCAAGUCUCUAUACAAUAACAAACCAUUUAGAAGAGGUGAUCAUGAUGACUCAUACCCCUGUGUAAAGUGUGAGUGUAAUGAUCACACCAAAAGCUGUGUUUACAAUCAAACUCUGGACACCAGCCCUAACUCACGUACCCAGGGCGGAGGGGGUGUGUGUAUAAACUGUCAACACAACACUACGGGUCGUUUCUGUGAUGUGUGCAAGGAAAGAUUCUACAGGGAGUCUGGGAAGAGUCUAAAGUCACCAGAUGUGUGUUCACCUUGUGGAUGUGAGGGGCCUGGGGUGCAGCCUGGAGAAUUGGAUUGUGUUAAGGAUGAUUCCAACUCAAGUGUAGUUGCUGGUCAGUGUGUUUGUAAAGACAAAACCCAAGGACGUCAAUGUGAUGAGUGUAAAGUUGGAUUUUAUGAUCUCAAAGCCAGCCAUGCAACUGGAUGCAUCUCAUGUGACUGUGUUCUCGAUGGCACCAUAAACCGGAAUUUUUCAUGUCAUGCAACAUCAGGACAGUGUUACUGUAAAGACAGGGUGACAGGAAGAACGUGUGACACCUGUAAGGCAGGGUACUGGGGUCUGUCUGGGCAUGAACCCUUAGGCUGUAAGACAUGCGACUGUGAUCCGUUUGGAACGACAGCUGGGAAUGUAAACACUUGUAACUCAGUUACAGGGCAGUGCUCUUGCAAAGCUGGAGUGAUUGGACGCAAAUGCGAUCAGUGUAAAGAUGGUUUCCAUAGCCUUACACCGAGUGGUUGUUCAUCAUGCAACUGCUCUGUUGCUGGAACACCGUCAUCGUUUUUGGACAAGUGCGACAAAACUACUGGUAAAUGUACCUGUAAGCUUAAUGUGGAAGGCAUUAACUGCGACCAGUGCAAGCAGGGAUUCUAUAAUCUGUCACAAAGCAAUCCACAGGGGUGUACACAGUGUACAUGCGACACUAAAGGAACUGUAGGAGGGUCUGGUCAGUGUGAGCAGCAAUCUGGAAACUGUACAUGUAAGCCGUUGGUGAUUGGGCAGACAUGCAACCAAUGUAAGCCGGGAACGUUUGGUCUCAACCAAUCAGAUCCUAAUGGAUGUCAAGCGUGUAACUGUUACCCCAAGGGAACCAUAGAUGGCGACAAAAAGAACCCAGAUGAACUCCAGUGUUCGAGCAAUGGACAGUGCUUCUGUAUGUCCAGUGUGUCUGGGCUACGCUGUGACUCCUGUGCAGCGGAAUAUUACUGGAAUCCAGCGGGACAAGGCUGCGUCCAAUGCCAGUGUAACCCGACUGGAUCUGUUGGAAGAAACUGCAAUGACACUGGCCAGUGUACCUGUAAGGCAAACAUUGGUGGGCAGCGGUGUGAUAGAUGUGUAGAUGGCUUUUAUGGUUUUACAAUAACAGGAAACUGUAUUCCUUGUAACUGCAAUGUGGCUGGUAGUCUUAUCAAUCAAUGCGAUGAAACUGGACAGUGUUCGUGCAAAGAUAAUGUCGAAGGAAAACAGUGCGACAAGUGUAAAAAUGGAACCAUAAAUCUUCAACAGAACAACAAGUAUGGCUGCAGCGGAGCUCCAUCUGAGCAGCCUGCACCGUUUGUAACAGUUCUAUCUUCCCGUGUAAUAAUGUUAACAUGGUCUCCGCCAGACAAUCCUAACGGCGUCAUCCUGCGCUACGAGUUGUACAGAAAUGAUACCCUGGCUUACACUGGACUGAACCGCACAUUCAAUGACAGUGAUCUCACUCCUGACACCGUGUACUAUUAUUACAUCAUCGCUUACACUGAAUCUGGUCAGACAAGAAGUUUAGACGACGGAAACGUGUAUCGCACUUUCCAAGACGCGCCAGGUGGCAUUUCUGCGCCCGUGAUCACAGAUAUUCUGCCCAGGAAUGCAACUGCUUCAUGGCAGCCUCCCAGCAUGCCAAACGGUCGCAUUACCGAAUAUCGCCUGGUAUCUACCAAUAGCCGAAGUGCAGUUGAAGUUGUAGACUGUCAAGGGGUUAUUUUCACGUGUAAGUUAGGGAAUCUUAAACCAUACACUGUCUACAACUUUUCAGUAGUGGCUUGUACCAAUGGAGGAUGCGGUCGGAGUAACGAGACAACCAUCCUAACGCUACCAACACUUCCGGAUUUUCAACCAGCACCAAAUGUAACGUCUCUUCCGGGAGGCACAGCAGUGAGGGUGGAAUGGGACGAGCCGUUCGAGCCGAACGGAAGAAUUCUUCGUUAUGAGCUGUACAUGCGUGCAGACGGAGACACAAGCGACGGAGUCUUGAAGUUCAACAGCAAUCCUGCGCAUGACCCAACCACUACCAACUUUAGAGAGACAAACGUGACAGGACUGGUUCCGUUCACGGUUUAUGAGUUCAGGGUGCGCACAUUUACUGCGCAAGUCAAGGGAGACCGAGAUAGUAAUUGGACAAGGCAUAGGACUGGGGAAGGAACUCCACUCGGCGAAAAUUUCAUGAGCACUGGCGCUAAUGCCUUUAACAGCAGUGCUGUUAUAGUUUCCUGGAGUCCUCCCCAGACCCCCCAAGGUGUCAUCACUCGCUACAUCAUUUACAAGUACCAGUCUCCCUCUAGCUCAGUUGCUGAGAUGGCUGUAGAGGUGCCUGGGUCUGAGCGACAGGGCGUGAUCGUCGGAUUAGAGCCGUACACUCAAUAUAAAUUCACAAUAACAGCUUGUAACAGUUUUGCCUGCUCAGGGCAUAGUCCACAGGCACUUGCGCGGACACUAGCGGCAGCUCCCGAGGAACAGGGAUCUCCAUCGGUCUUCUCAGUUGGUUCGUCCACAGUGUACCUGAGUUGGUCUCAACCACGGAUCCCUAACGGUCCUUUACCGCCAAGUUAUAACCUGAGCCGAGCUUACUCUGCCCUGCACUUCCCACCCCCUGUGGUGUCGGAAGGUGUGCAUUUCCCAGGUCUUGGAUUCUACAAGUUUCGUUCAGACUUUGUUCAAGCCGGUGCAAGAAAUGACAUCCAGUUCUGGUUUCGCACCCAGUAUGCGUUAGGUCUACUUCUCUUCAUAGCUUCAGAUGGCUCACAGACUGACAUGUUAGCAGUUCAAUUGAAGAGUGGAAAGCCAUGGUUGAUAUUCGAUUGUCAAGAUGGCCCUGCCGCCUUCACAAUUAACCAGCCGGUUCGCUUCGACGAUGGCGAGUGGCAUUUGUUGAGGGUGUCACGUGUCAGCCGCCGGGGAACUCUUACAGUGGACGGUUACCAAGCCAGUCAGGACAGUCCAGGCGCCGCUACUGUGAUAUCAGCAAACACUGGAGUCUACAUUGGGGGUCUUCCAUCUUCGUUCACAAUUCUUCGGCCGGACACAGGAAAUUCUAAAAUUGAAAAGAUCAACUUUAUUGGUUGUAUACGUGAAGUCACCUCAGAGCAGGCUGCUUCAGUCUCAAAGCAGCUUGAUUGGACUACUGCAUUAGAAGCGGUCAGUGUUGAGCCUCAGCGAUAUGGAUGUCCAGAGAGAGACAACAAAAGAGCUUUGUUUCUCAGGGGUGGUGGUUAUGUCGCUAUGGACCCAGAGGACAUUCUCAGCACCAAUAUUUUCAGCUUUUCUUUAAAGUUCCGCACUCAGCUGUCAUCAGGCAUGCUUCUGUUUGCACACGGAUCAACAACCACAUUUUCUAUUCAGUUUUCUGACAAUCGUGUUGAAACAAGAUACGCCACGUCCAGUGUGCGAGGCGAUGUGACAGUUCAACCGCCGUCCGGUGAAAUUUGUGAUGGACGAUGGCACAACAUGACUUUAACUAAUUUCAACAACAGAUUAACGGUGAUCCUCGAUGGUAAAACUGAGGUUGGAACUGGAAUCGUUAACCUUAACAUACAAUCCAGCAUUUUCAUCGGAGGGGUCCCUUGGGCCUCUUCGACCGAAACAAUCGCCCGACAGGCUGGGUUGACUGUGGAGUCGUCAUUUGGUGGUUGUAUAAUUGUUCAGUCUGCGGCGAAAGAAAUCGAUUACAUAACGGCAGUUACUACCAUGCAUAACGCAGACCUUGAUGGCUGCCGCCCUGAGUCCACGAUAGCGAUCAGCGGUCAACUAGGAAAAUGUUUGCCCUCCAAUAGUUCUGUGGUGUACUCUGGGAAGACAGAGAGAUUUAAUGACUCAUCCGUUGACAUUUUCACAGAUUACCUCUACCGUGUGGAAAGUUACCAUCAUGGAACUUCAGGUUCAGCUAAAAGCGAGUGGAUCUCAACACGCAGUGGCCAGGGAGCCCCAAAUGGUAUCCAGGCUCCUAUUCAGUUAACACCUCUACCCGGCGGUGAAACAGUGAUUGUAAGCUGGGCACUACCAGAGCGGCCCAAUGGAGUGAUAACAGAGUAUAGGAUAUUAUCUUACCGUGUCAACCCCCCUGGGGCGCCAGCGGUUGAGACAGUCAUCACAGAUACAAGUGUACUUAACGUUACGAUAUCUGGUCUUCAACCCCAUACCACUUAUGAAAUCAGAAUUCAGGCCACCACAGUCGGGGGAAGUUCAGUGGGGCCUGGUAAAAACGUUACGACCGAAGAGUCAGUCCCAGAGAAUGUCCCAGGCCCUACCGCUGUCCGACGUCCAAGAGAGCUUGAGGUGCACUGGACCGAGCCGGGACGCCCUAAUGGUGUCAUCACCCAGUACAAUCUGACCCUGGAUGGACAAUUGGUGUUCAGCGGAAUAGAAAACAACUUCACAAUACGGAACUUACAGGUCUAUACAGAAUACCUCCUGAAGCUAACAGCUUGCACGAGGAUCGGCUGCGCUCAAGGACCGGAAGUCAGAUUAAGAACCGGAGAGUUACCCCCGGAGGGAGUCCAUACCCCAGUGGUUUUUGUACGAGGAAGAACCACGGUUGAAGUCAGAUGGCAGGCUCCAAAUGUAACAAAUGGGGUAAUUGUACGUUAUGAAAUACUAUUCGCAACCAGUAACGUUUUAAACGCGUACGUUUCGAAAUUUAACGCCACCCCUGAUGUGUUCAGCACAGUUAUUACAAAUCUUACGGCAGGGACAUUGUAUUACGUUCGAGUGCGCCCCUUCAGUGGAGGUGGCGGGACAUUUAGUGCUGCGGCCCAGGUAACGACACACGAGGAUAUUCCUGAUGAUAUCCCAGCACCUGACGUCAUUGCUCUCAGUCCAUAUGCUCUAUUCGUGAUCAUGUUGCCGCCGGAAAAACCAAACGGUGUAAUUUUAAACUAUGAACUGUACCAAGAUGGGGUUCCAGAGCCUGUGUUGAAUGAAUCACAGCUUACGAAUUACACAGCGGAUCGAUUGAAACCUUACAGCCGCCAUACUUUCCGCGUUCGAGCUUGCACUGCGCAAGGCUGUGCUUAUGGAGCAGAAGCUGUGGCUUUUACGAAAGAAGUUGCACCGAAUGGAAAUGUUACUCUGACUGCACGCGUCCGCAAUGCUACAGCGGUUGAUGCUAACUGGACACGCGUGGCUUUGCCAAACGGAAAGUUGUUUUACAACUUAAUGGUGUACGGAAAAUUUGUUAUCCUCGACUCGGUUGACUUGAGAACUGAGAAUCGUAUUGAAACUGCUAUUUCUGUUGAGGAAGCUGAAAAGCUGUUCACAUACAAUGGCCUUCUUCCAUUCAGUGAUUACAGACUCUGGGUGAAUGCGUCGAAUUCUGUUGGGUUUAUUCUCAGUAACAAUGUAACAGUGUCCACCCCUGAGGGAGUUCCCGACGGCGUGAAAGCCCCCAAUGUCACAGUGUUGAAUUCGACUGCCGUCCAUGUCACUUGGGGACAGCCUGCAUUGCCUAACGGGAUCGUUCUUGCCUAUGGACUUCAUCAAAGGACUAAAGGUGUUGAAACACUUCUGUUCAGUGGAAUGGGUUUUACCUUUACUGUCAUUGGUCUUAUCCCGUUUACGGUCUACGAAUUCCGUGUGAAUGCCACUACUGUAGCGGGGUCUGGUUUCAGCGAAUGGACUCGAGUCAAGACCUCUGAAGAUGUUCCAAGGUCCCUGGAUCCACCAGGUUUCAGAAAUGUGACUUCCACAUCUGUGACAUUGGUCUGGGACGAGCCAGCUGAACCCAACGGAGUACUACUAUAUUACGUAAUUUAUCAAAAUGGCAGUGAGAUCAACAGAGUGAUGGGAAACGUCACCAAAUAUGUAGUUACUGGUCUCCAGCCCUUCACUGUCUAUGUUUUCAAGCUGAGUGUGUGUACAGCGGUAGGCUGCAGUAACAGCUCGGACUCAGUCCCCCAGAGAACUCUGGAGUCAGGUCCGCAAGGUUUGUCAGCUCCAAGACUGUCCUCUCCUUCAGGGAGAACUGUGAUCAUUGAAUGGGACCCACCCUCUGUGCCUAAUGGAGUCACUCUCAAAUAUACGAUCCAGCGCCGAGUCGUGGGCGGUGGAAAUCCAAGCAAUGUCGCUGAAGUGAAUGCUUCUCUUCCGCGUCGUUACGAGGAUAAUACAGCACAGCCAGUGACCGAUUAUCAGUACCGUGUGAUAGCGUACAACAGUGGUCCAGGAGAACCCAGUCCUUAUAGUAACAUUACUACUGGCGAGGGAGACCCUGAAGGUAUCGCAGCUCCUACUGUCCAAGCACUUAGUCCUUACGCUGUACACGUGACUUGGAAAAAACCCAGCAUUCCCAAUGGUGUAGUCACGCAAUACGUCAUCAGAGUCGUGGACCAACAGCAGUCACGCAACACCACUGUGAAUGCUAAUGAACCGUUUGAGCUCAACGUGACCUCGCUCGACCCCUACAUCAUGUAGAACGUCUUUGUUAGCGCAUGCACAAUUGCUGCAUGCGGUAGCAGCCCGCCGUCUCAAGUGCGCACGCUUCCCGCCAGACCUGAAAUGCAGCCAGCGCCAACUGCAAAGACAGAUUCGCAAACCUCUUUGAACGUUACAUGGGAGCCCCCCCUCAGGCCAAACGGGGUCAUUUUGUCUUACGUGCUGUACAGGAGAACCGUGGAGGACCUUGUGGAGAAUAACAUUACGGCACCAACAGAUUAUGUACAGGUGUAUCACGGGAAGGCUCUGAUCAGAGAGUAUCGUGAUACUGGACUUGGGAUCUUCUCUUUACAACAGUACAAGGUCACUGUAAACACUGGUCAAGGCAGCACUACAAGUAACUCCUCCCUACCCUACAGAACCGGCCCGGUCCCUCCUCUGGCUGGGGCAUUCGUCAAUGGAACUGCCCUAAAUCACACCUCAGUUCUGGUCACGUGGUAUCCACCUGGUAUUAAGCAGCUGCGCGGCUCUGUUGUGUCGUAUAUUUUGGACGUUGAAGAAAGAUCAGUCGUGAGUCGUGUGGGCAGUUACCCCGGAUCACAGACUAGUGUUACAGUCCAGAACCUGAAGGCCAACACUGUCUACAAAUUUUAUAUUGAGCUGAACAAUGGAGCCGGUACCUUCAAGAGUGCUGGCUUUGAAAUCAGAACCCUGGAUGGAAUGCCUGAAGAUUUCGACCCGCCUGCAUUGUACGUUGUCAGCAGCACAGCAAUCCGCGUGAGUUGGAAUGAGACUGGAAAUCCAAAUGGAGUCGUUAUAUUGUACAAAAUAUAUGUAAACAACACGUUAUGGGCCAACACUACUGGCGACCAGCUACAAAUAACUGUGUCUGGACUGCAGCCAUUUACCUACUAUAGCAUCAAGGUGGCAGUGUGCACUACACACGGUUGUACUCUGAGUGAUGCAAUACAAGCGCAGACAAAUGCUGCCGCACCGACAGGUUUUGCUACUCCGCGACUCACUGCAGGAUCAACUUUUAUUGUUGUCCAGUGGGAGCCUCCUUCUCGUCCAAACGGAAUCAUGUCUGGGUAUCAGAUUUUUAGAAGAAGGGUGUACCCAUGUCCAACAAGUCCGCCACCAAACUCUAAAUGCACUUUCAUUGAGUGUCUCUUGUCAGAGCAGUUGUGUGGAGUCACGUGUUACGACCCAGCCAGUCAGGCGUGUUGCAGUGGUGUUCUUUACCCACGGGACCCAUCCAAGACCUGCUGCGGAACAAAUUAUCUGCUGAAGAACCAGGCCUCGGACGUCUGUUGCGGAAACACUUUCCAUAUUCAACAGGCCGAAUACCAGUGUUGCUAUGGCAACUACAUCAGUGUACCUUCGGGACGUGUAUGCUGUCCUAAAUCUCAGGGAGGAAGUUUGGUGGGUCUUGGUAAUGCCUGUUGCGGAGACACCCCGUAUGACAAGAAUGACCGCAGUAAGGUUUGCGUGUGUGGAGUCCUGUACGACCCCAUUCCCCCACGGAAGUGUUGUGGCGGUAAAGUUGUGGCAUCUGCUCAGGUUUGCUGCGGUGAUGAAAAGAACGGUGCUGCCUACGAUCUGGAAGCUAGCAAAACUUGCUGUGGAGCUCAGUAUAUUCCUGAAGACACGAGCCUGUGCUGCCAAGGAUCAGCGGGGAAUAUCGUGGUUUAUAACUACACCAGCGCACGUGACAAAUCUGCAUCCAAUCACAAAUGCUGUGGUAAAAGCCGAGUGUCUAGUGCUCUCUCAUGCUGUAACGAACGUGGCUAUAACUCUACAUACCAGACCUGUGCAGACAUUUCCAGCAACGGAACGUUAGGCUGUGGAAUGGGAACUAUUUGUAACAAGACGGAUGCGCGCGCAGCAAUGUGAGACCGAUGUGACUUUGAUAACUCAACGAUGAACUGUGGAUUAGUAGCUGGCUAUUACGCCCCAACUCCUUCGACUGUUGUACCGAGAAUCUGCGCCACGAAUCACGAAGAAAUACUUAAAAAUCAGUACAAUGCCGAUAUCCGUGAAUACAACGACACUAGUCUCUCCCCUCAUACAGUAUAUGAGUACUACCUUGUUGCGAUAAAUAACGGAUACAACGUGUCAAGUCCAGAAGCCAAGAACCGAACUCUCAUGGGUCACCCUGAAGGUCUUUUACCACCAGUUGCAGUUCCAAUCUCCUCGACUGAAAUCCGCGUUACUUGGAGUAAGCCAGCAAAACCUAACGGAGAAAUCCAAGAGUACAGACUGACCCGGAUCAAUGGUCAAACUAAGCAGCGUCAAGUGGUAUAUACCGGUCUUAAUUUGACUUACACAGACCGUGGAUUGGAGCCGUUUACUGGAUAUGGUUACAUUAUCGAAGCAUGCACGACACACUGUUCAUCAGCGGAAAUGACGUCACUGAUCUACACCGACCAAGCUGCCCCGACUGAAGUAAACGCGGCCGUUUUAAUUCCGUUAAACUUCAGCGCAAUAAAUGUUUCGUGGAUUGAACCUUCCAAGCCUAAUGGACAGAUUAUUCGCUAUAACGUGAGCCGUAUGGUAAACAGCACUUACAAGAUCCAUUUGAAUCCAAACGACAAAGGUUUGUCCAUGAGGAGCCUGGUAAUUGGGGGUCUCAAACCCUAUACUAACUACACUUUUGAAGUGGUAGCUUGCACGCGCGUGGGUUGCACGCCAGGUCCGCUGGCCUCCACGCUAACACUGCAAGCACCGCCUGAAGGUGUCCACCCACCUAAUCUCACGGUCAUUGGUGCCAGGGAAAUCGAAGCCACGUGGAUUCAACCAGACGUUCUAAAUGGCGUGAUUGUAUCAUACUCACUCUACCGCGGAGAUCUUGUUGUGUACAACGGGACGAAUGCAUGUUACAAAAAUCAACAUGGUAAAGACAUUUGUAUCUUCCAAGACAGAAACAACGGUCUCCAACCAGUAAAGACGUUCAAUUACUCAGUCGCUGCUACGACUGGCGGGGGAACCACUAGGAGUGCUGUUUCUUUGGCCACUACCCCAGAGAGUUCUCCAGAGGCCAUUCCCAAGCCUCGUUUGACUGUCACAAGUGCUUAUAGUAUUUUAGCGGAAUGGAAUGCACCGGGUCAGCCAAACGGUAACAUUACAAGUUAUUCUGUGGUCGUUAAUGGCACAGAGUAUGUUGUCGCUCUUAGCAGGAGCAAGGUGAUUGCAGGACUAAGUCCUUUUACUAUAUACUCUGUUCGCGUCAAGGCUUGUACCGCUAAAGGCUGCGGACUCGGGGACAGAGAGCAUGCAAGAACAGGUGAGGCUCCUCCCAUUGGACAGGGGGCACCUACCCUGGUGGCACAAGAAUGGAAUGUUGUUCAAGUUUCUUGGUCGCCCCCAUCCUUUCCAAAUGGAAUCAUCAUCCGAUAUGAAGUUUACCGUAAGACAGGCAACAGUGCCCCGCUUCCAGUUUGUCUCGCGCGCCAGUUGUCAUGUCUGAAUAGUGGUUUGUCAGGUUACACAAAUUAUUCCUAUAAAAUAAGAGUGGUGAACAGCGCAGGUUCUGUAGAUGGUCCUUGGAACGACGUGCGCACUCCCGAAGGGCCUCCUCAAGGCAUCCGCCCUCCCUCUCUUACAGUACUUAACUCCACUGCAGUGUAUCUUUCAUGGACUGUACCCUCCCAGCCUAACGGUAUUGUCACGCACUAUGAAGUACGCUACCAUAAAGGACUGCAACCUCCCGACAACAGGAACGUCACAGUAGCAGCUCGGUUGCCUAGCAACGUGCUGAACGCCACAGUGAAUGGACUAGACCCUUAUACGGACUAUCAGUUCCUGAUCGCUGCCAUCAACAAUCGGCAUGAGGGGGUGAGGGCCUGGGCGACAGCAAAAACCAAACAAGCACCUCCAGCGGACCUUCGUCCCCUUCGUGCUGAUAAGCCGAAAGAUGGAAAGAGCAUGCGCGUGUCGUGGGAUGAGCCAGAGAAUCCUAAUGGGGUCAUCACUCACUACAAGGUGUACAAAGAUAGUGUUCAGAUAUAUCUCGGCAGCACCCGAGACUACACGGUCCCAAGACUUGUUCCUUACACUGCGUACGAAUUUCAACUUGAGGCCUGUAAUGUUGCAGGUUGCACGCGGGGUCCCACGCAAAUCAUUUUCUCCGCAGAAGUGGACCCGCAAGGUCUGUCUCGACCUACAGCAGGGUUUAUCAACGCCACAGCUGUGGAGCUUAACUGGAGGCCGCCAGCAGUUCCAAACGGGAUCGUAAUCCGUUACGAGAUUUACAGAACGGUCACCCCGCUUCAGAAGCGACGAAGGCGCGCUGUAACACCUACCCCCGGUCAACUGGUUUAUUCCACUAAUGAUACAAACAAGACAGAUUUCACGCACGCGGAGACGGGAUUGAAGCCGUACACAAAGUACGGUUUUAGUGUUCGUGCGGUCAACGGCGGAGGUUUUACGGAAAGUGACCCAUUAAUCGUAACUACAUCUCAAGCUGCUCCUUCUUCCGUCGAUCCACCGCUUGUCUUGAUAAUGAGUGCGUAUUCCUUGAAUGUGACGUGGAAAGAACCGCUAGAACCCAACGGUGUUAUUCAGUUUUAUUUUGUGUUCAGGAACAAUUCUAUAAAAUACAAAGGAAACGGACUUAAUUUUGUAGAUAAAGGUUUGGAGCCAUACACCCUGUACAGUUACACCGUGGAGGUGUGUACUGGCUGCAAUGUUGACUGCUGUAUGCAGAGCUCUCCAUCAAGCCGCCGAACGACUCAGGCUGCACCAUCGGGUGUGCAACCCCCGGCCUUAGAAGCGGAGAGUGCUUUGGCUAUAAAGAUAUCUUGGUUGAAGCCAGACAAGCCCAAUGGAGUCAUUACCCAGUACCAAGUGUAUGAAGUUGGCGACAGUUCUCCGAUUUAUACCGGACAGGACAUGACGCUCACUGUAAGCGGGAAGGAACCUUACUCUAAGUACUCGUUCUACGUCAGUGCCUGUACGAACAAGGGUUGUACGCAGAGUGCACCAGCUGAAGUACGCACCAAAGAAGCUCCUCCAAGAGAUCUCCUUGCCCCAGUUGCUACAAUCGGUGGUUCUGCGUUUGUACGAGUAGAAUGGAAUGCACCUCGAAGACCACAUGGUGUAAUACUCUACUAUCUCCUUACACGCAACGGUUCGCAAGUAUACAACGGUACUGAUCUGAGAUUUAACGACCUUACUGUGGCCCCAUACACCGUGUAUAUGUAUAUUGUGACGGCAGUGAAUUCCGCGGGCCGCCUGUCAAGUCCCCCGGGAUUCAGUGCUGCUACUAACCCUGGUGCUCCAGACAAUGUAAGCAUCCCAACUUUAGAGGUUCUCAGUGCAAAAUCGAUUAAAGUCUUAUGGACAGUCCCUGGAAUUCCAAAUGGUGUCAUCUUCAAAUAUGAAGUACUGUACAACUUUAUGGGAGCGCAAGGCGUUGCUCAAGUGAAAGAUGCUGGUGUUGCCAAGGAGACCACCCUGGAAGAUCUCUUCCCCUAUACGCUGUAUGAAGUCAGAAUCCGCGCUUGUACACUUAAAGGCUGUAGCAUAGGAGAGGCAAACUCUGCCCGAACAUUUGAGGCUCCACCAGAGGGUCAGAACCCCCCGGAUUUCCCAACGUCUGAUAUUGGUGCAAGGAAGGUACUUAUCACUUGGAAUGAGCCUCUAAAGCCCAACGGAUUUAUGCUGUUUUACAUACUUUACAGACGUGGAGUAUCGUUGUAUGGUAACCAGGCGAUGGUGUAUGGUCCAGCAGAGUCUGUAGUAAACGUAACUAAUGGAUCUGCCCUAGCUUACAGUGAUAGAGAUGUGAAGCCAUACUUUAAGUAUGAGUACCGAGUGAUCUCUGCGAACAGCGCCGGUGAAACGGUCAGUCAGUGGUCAGUGGUUCAAACCUUAAGUGCAGCACCAGAACAGCUUAAAGCGCCUUAUGUGAACAAGAGUUACUCAUACAGUUUGGAAGUGUUCAUUUUCCCACCUGGUGAACCUAAUGGAGAGAUAAGGAGUUACAUCCUAGAAGUUUCUGGACGAAAUGUAUCUCAAGAUCUAACUACGACUCGUGAGGUGGCAGGACUUGAGCCAUUUACGAAAUAUGUUUUACGUGUGUACGUCUGCACGGAUGGAGGGUGCGCCGCUGGACCCACUGCAACUUGGAAGACUUCUGUUGGAGUGCCUUCGGAGUUCGCGGCCCCGCGCCCCGUUGAAAUAACCAGUAACUUCGUCACACUAGAAUGGGACGAGCCUGGGAAACCCAAUGGAGUCAUCCAAAGAUAUGAGGUCCUGUUUCAUGAAUCUUGCGUUAUUGGUUGCCCCACUGCAAUGCCCGCGAGUGGACUAAACGCGAGUCUGUCUCAGCGUUAUACCGUUAGAAGCCUGUCACCGCACACUAUGUAUAACUUCAGGAUACGGGUCUAUAACUCAAAGCAUUCGAGUUUAUCAGAUGAACAAAGGGUUCGAACACAAGCUGCAAGUCCACAGACGACAGGAUUGAGGCCUCGAGUAAAUGUGACCGAACUCCCAGUGGCCGUAGACUGGAGCGAUUGCUUUAGGUUGAACGGACCGUUGGACUCCUAUGUACUGUUAGAAAAUGGAUUGCUCAUCUAUGAAGGACAGCAGAACAAGACGGACCUGGGAGUUAGGAAUGAGGGAGAGUACACCUACAGAGUUGAAGCCACAACUUUAGUGCAAGAAAGCAAAAGAACUGUGGUGUCACCCCCCAGUGUCACUGUCCAAGUGCAAUCUGAAGUUACUGUAGCGACGUCGGCACCCCGCACUGCUACGAAUGAGUGGCACAAGAGUGUUUGGUUUAUUGCUGUCAUGGCAUUGGUCGCCAUUAUUAUCCUGUUCUUGCUCAUAUUCUGCUGUAUGUGGAAAUCCACUGGGGGUAGGACAGUUUUUGUACGCGACAGAGAACCUUUACCUCCGCGCACCAAACUGCGCUCCAGGCCUCCAUCAAUGUCCAGUCUUUACACGUCCAGCGACAGAAAGAAUGGAAGUUUUAUUGAGAUGCAUUCAGUGAACCCCUACCACAGCAGUACCACGGCUUUGUUUGACAGCACAGAGAGGCUUAAGAAGACUCCCGAACCAUAUGACUCCUACAAUGGCAGUAUGCACAAAUUUCCUCUUGACAUGAGUCAGGAAUGGGACAAUUACAAUCCCUAUAGUAACAGGGAUUCUGGACUGUACGAUGAGGAAAAAAUGGACUUUUCAGACAGUGAACCAAGUACGCCAUAUCAAAGCUUCAAGAGGGAGCAGUACUUCACGGACACACACCUAUAACAGAUAGUGUUUCAAGACUGCCAAGAUUGGUUUACUUUUAUAUUAGAUUAAUAUUACUAAUGAAUAAUGCUUGUAGUGUAGGUAGUGUAAAUUUUUAUUCCAACUACGAGUGUGAAACGACUGAAUGUAUUCCUGAGAAAUUUUUGAUAGGAUCUGGAAUUUUUUUUUUUUUGGAGAAAAUAUUUUUCGACUAGUAAGAUACAUAGCUAUAAUAAACCAUGUGGAACCAAGUUCUUCAAGUAAAUUCACUCAGUUAUGUCGAUGCCGUUUUCGUUACUCUCACUGAUCUGUUUUGUGGUGAAUUUUUUCUCUAGAAAGGGCAUUUCAAAUAUUUUUAUCAACGAAUUAACGAGUAGUUAACACAAGUUGCCUAAUUCACAGUAAAUCGUUUCAGAAAACAGCUUGUGGUUCUUUUUAUAGCUUUGAUGAAUCUGGAACAUUUGUAGGGACUUUUGUAAUGUUACAUGUAGCUGCCCGAAAGUGUGUGAUGGUCUCGAAGUAUUCGAAAUAUAAAGUAAUAUUACUAGAUUUAAAAUCGAAUUAAAUCUCAGAAAUAGAUAUUUGUCGCGAGGGCCUUUCUUUUUAUAGCUAGCCAGACGCCACCACUAUGUAUAACGUUGUUUGCGUUAGAAUUAUGCAAUCCUUUUUUCUUUUAACAAGACCCGUUCGUGGAAAUUACGAUGCAUGCAUGCAAUUCGUUUACCUCAGUUUCGUUGAGAAUGUAUUUAUAUUGGCUUUGUUCAAGAUUUUGCGCUUGUAAAUGUGUAAACUACAGUUGUACUGUAAAUAAGCUUAAAAGCUGAGCUGACAUUAAAAUAUGAUUUUAGUAAACCAA